GAUUGCUGUUAGAGGGGCAGUUGUGGUUUCCUCAAAACUAGCAGCACAGCUAACUAUUUAACACAACAGAGGGUGAAAGUUUGGCAGGAGAAGUCAGGUUUACAGUGAAAGCUGAAUGUUUUCUGCGGUUAUGACUUGACUUCGGUGUCGGAGGAGGUCGAGCUCAGCGGCGGUUUCAACCCAGAGUGUGGACUGAGCAGGAUGCUAGCAUGUGUCGUUAGCAAACCACUGCAGGAAAUUAGCUCGUUAGCUUCGACAGCCAGCCAAAGUAUUAUGAGGCUCAAGUUUCCCUCUUUACGCUCAGUUUAAAUAACCUCAAUGGACACCGAGGCGAUAGUGAUCCGUAUAAAAACGCCGUCGGGGGACAUGGACUCGUCCGUCGACUGUCCAUCUCUUCUGAACUUCAAUGACUUGCUGGUCGCAAUCAGAGACGUCAUGCCUGAAGCCACUGUCACCGCCUUUGAAUAUGAAGACGAGGUGGGAGACAGAAUAACUGUAAGGAGCGAUGAAGAACUCAAAGCCAUGUUGUCAUAUUACUGCAACACAAUGAAUGAACAACGCAUGAAUGGGCUGCUGCCGGAUCCUCUGCAGAUUUUUCCGAGAGCCGGCAAGACUCCAGGGAUCCGGAACAUACAUGGCCUGAAGGUUAAUACAAGACCUAACCCAGCCAAUGACUGCACUCAUGCUGUUCCAGACUCCAUAGCCAACAACAGCUUAAAAAAAUCAUCUGCUGAGUUGAAGAGGAUCCUGACAAAUGGACAGAUAAAUGCCCAGGAUAUCCACUAUCAAGAGCAACUUGGCCAUGGAAACGGAGGCACAGUUUACAAAGCGUACCAUGUUCUUGGCAAGAAGGUUUUAGCUGUCAAGGUCAUUCCUCUGGAUAUCACAGUGGAGCUACAGAAGCAAAUCAUGUCAGAAUUAGAAAUCCUCUACAAGUGUGAUUCACCCUACAUCAUCACGUUCUUCAGUGCCUUUUUCGUCGAGAACAGGAUAUCCAUAUGCACAGAAUUUAUGGACGGUGGAUCUCUGGACGUCUUCAAAAGAAUUCCAGAGCAUGUUCUAGGGAGGAUCGCGGUGGCAGUAGUCAAAGGCCUGACAUAUCUGUGGAGCCUGAAGAUACUUCACAGAGAUGUCAAGCCUUCCAAUAUGCUGGUGAACACCCGAGGACAAGUCAAGCUCUGUGACUUUGGUGUCAGCACGCAGUUGGUGAAUUCUAUUGCCAAAACAUAUGUGGGAACCAAUGCAUACAUGGCGCCUGAGAGGAUAUCAGGGGAACAGUAUGGAAUCCAUGCGGAUGUCUGGAGUGUGGGAAUCUCUUUCAUGGAGCUGGCACUUGGAAUGUUCCCCUAUCCACAGAUUCAGAAAAACCAAGGAUCUUUAAUGCCUCUCCAGUUACUGCAAUGCAUCGUUGAUGAGGAUCCUCCAGUUCUUCCCGUCGGCCAGUUCAGCGAGAAGUUUGUUCACUUCGUCACUCAGUGUAUGCGGCGGCACCCCAAAGAGAGACCUGCACCUAAUAACCUCAUGGAUCAUUCCUUCAUCAUACAGUACAACGAUGGAAAUGCGGAGGUGGUGUCGAUGUGGGUUUGUCGCUGUCUGGAGGAGAGACGAGCUCAGCAGGCUCAGGGACGCAUGUGACGUCCCCCAGCCGUCCAACCGCCGUGGAUCCGGACGUUUGAUCCCAAACCUUGAGCGCUUAUCAAAGGCUUCAGGGUCAAGUACGUCCAUAUGCACUGUAAAGGGGAUUUAAUGUACAUGGACAAAGAAAAACAAAUCACUCGAUGUUACAUACUUCAUGUAAGUAAUUCUUUAUUUAACAGCACCGCGUCGCGACCGGGAGGAGGUUAUAUCCUUUGAACUGAAUCUCUGCUCUGAGAGAUCUGUGCUUUCUUUCUCGCUUCUUCAGUGAGCAUCACAGUCUGAUGGAGGUUGGAAAGUAGUCUGAUGAACAGUCCCCAUUCAAAGGAUCAGAGACAAUAAAUCAAAGCACAAGUCUGCAAUACGUCGGCAGAGUUGCGUUCUGCUUCUAUGAUGGUAUCUCAAGUAACCGUCUUGUGCUUUACCGUUGACAGCCCUCUAGUGAAUGUUAAGGUUUUUGCCUGUGAGUAACUGCCCAUAUGUGUGCCUGUUUAUCCAGUGGUAUAAUUUAUUACCUCAGCAAACUUCAGUUUUCACUGUAAUAGCAAGAUUUCUCCCAACAUUUGACUUUCUUUUUCUCCUGAGCUACGACGUCUGUGUCCAGUUAUUUCUAAACUGGUGAUGGUGGGGAUUAACUGCAGCACUGCAGUGUGACAGAGAGGAAUGAAGUAUUGACAUCUUUUUUUUGGAGAUUCUGAAACUCAUCAGGAGGAACCAAGGUUCAUUUCUGUUUAAGUUAGAGUAUAAUUCAGUUGCACAUCUUUUAUCAUCCUUUGCACAUACAGGCCUAAAAGCCACUGAAUGAGAUUGUCCUCAAGGUCCAGGUGUCCACUUCACUCAGCGGCUGUUUCAGAAUAAGAGAAACAACGGACAGUUAAAAGCAUUACAGCCCUCAUAAACCAACACGUUUUACAUUGUUAGUUAUGGUUUUGUUCACAUUGUGACCACUAAGUUCUUAUUUUUAAACAACAAAUACUGUGUACUUCACAGAUUUAAUGCAUUUCAUUGAAUUGCCUAUUGAGAUCAGUAAAAUAUUAAUGCAGUGCACCGAACACCAAAGACGAGCCAAAUGGUGAAUUCUGAGGCAAACGAAACGGGCUGAGCGACUCAAAUAAAUUCCUUUGACAAGGUCUUUAUAUGCAGCCAGUAAAAGGCGCAGUGCUUAAGUGCAAUUAAAUGCCAUUACGUCCGCAAAUUCACAGUAAACGCAGCCUGAUGUGUACAGUCCCUGGAAACAGGUGUAAGAUACAUCAACAGAAACAGGCUGAGAGCUUUUGGUUUUAUCCUCUGUGAUGGUGAGGAAAGAUUUGAAUCAUUGGCCAUCAAUCACGUAUCAUUGGUACAACAAUCAAGAAUUUGUUUCAUCAGGUUGUUCAUGAUUUGGGAUUCGCCCAAGACUGCAGUGCAUCUUUUUUUUUUUUUUUAAGAUUAUUAUUAUUUUGCAUCUAUUUCCAGAAUGGGCGAUAUAUUCUGCAGUAGUUCUACCUAAAGUAACAUUUACUCUUCUGUUAGAGCUAAAACGCCAAUCAAACAAAAGAUGGAAGAAAUGCUGUGUGUCCAUUAUGCACACAUAAUAAAAUAUAGGAUGCAAAUAAGGCCAAAUGAUGUCGAUUGACACUGUUGUCCCACAUUGCAAUGUAUGAAAAAGUAAGUGAAGAUAGUUUGGCAGAAGGUGUUGUAGCAACUUAAGGAAGGCAUCAGGAUGUGUUUGGAAGUUUUGGUGAAGGCCAGUGUGUGACUUUAUCCUUUUACUCUUUGACCAAACAUUUUGCUUUCUGUUGAGGUUUACCUUGACAUUAGUGUUAAAAAUCGCAAUUUAAUCAGCACCCAUCCAUGUUCGGUCUAGUUUCUUACAAGUACGGAGUGAUGAAAUAUAAAAACGUUUUAAAUGAAUUUCUAUACUUUCUAUAGUAUGUAGGGUUACAUUUGGACACAGUGUCAGGUGGUAAACUCUAUUAGCCAGAUUCUCAGAGAUACAAUAAGUCCUGGACUUAAAGAAAAAUUCAACAAGAUCUCCACUAAAAAAUGUUCCAGGACUAAUCUUAAUGCAUUCCAAAUCGCCUUCUUUGUAGCUUUACUUUCAAAUGUUAUACUGUUGCAUGCAGUGUGCACACAGUCGGGACAUGCUGCUUACAGGCACGAGACAUGUGUGACGUGUCAUUCAGAGAGGAUUGUGGGUCGGGAAUGUCAAGAGAAGCAUGCUGGCUUGCAUACUCUAAAACGCAGAUGUCCCAGAUGUAGUAGAACCUUUUUGUGCCAUAUUAUACAGUAUGGUAUGAUGGGGAAUGGAACGCACCCCCUUUCUUGGAAACUGAGCCUAUAAGUUUAUCAUUUGUGCUUCGAAGAAAAGGUUACUCAGUGAAUUCUAAAUGUGAUCCCAGAUUCAUCCAUCAUGGGUUUGAGUUAUAGCUAUAAUCAUACACACUGCUAAUUAAAGUUUUUUUCUGUGUUUACAGCAGGAAGGGGAAAAUUCAUUUCUGACUAAUUUUCACUGCAGAUUUUGUUAGUGCCACUGUUUGCCUGCUCAUGAGGCCCAGCCGUUUACUUGUGUUUACAUAAAUGUACUUUUACCAUGAGUUUGGACAACAUGUCUGUGCAAGAUGCCAUUCAUUAUCAUACACACAUUAAUAUUACUCUGACACCUGCUGAAAUACAGGUACAUUUUUCAGCAGUUGCACAAAGAAUCUAAUUUCCUCUCUGCAUUAUCAUGUCAUGUGAGAAAAAUCCAAUUCUAAGUAAGACAUCCACUUGCCAUUAGGUUGGCCUUAAAUGUAGUUCAAGGUUUAAAUACUUUGCAGUCUGAUAAAAUUAUUGAAUCUGUGUGAAACAAGAUGAGUGUUUUGUUACUCAUGAACAAAAGGUUAAUGCAUUCUUGCAACUUAAAUACUUCUAAAAUAAAAACAUUUCCUGUUUCGGAGCAGAUGUAUUCUCCAGUCUUAGACACUUGUGUGGAUGUGUUCUCACUGCUUGUGUUUUUUUCAAUAGAAAUUUUCUGUAAACAUGCAAAUAUUUAUUAUUUUUUUUACCUGUCAGCCUGCUCACAUCAGAGACCAACUCUUGCCCUUUUAUUUUUCCCGUUCUUGCCAAACCACGAACCAUCAAGUCAGUGAUGGGAUUCAGCAGAAACAGUAGUGCUGUGAUAUUACUGGCUGACUAUGGCCUUUUCUGUAAUUAUCUGUGUUGGCACAUAUUCCAACCAUAAUAAAUAAAAUGUAUUUAAACAUUA